AUGCCUGCCCACCGUACUGUGUUGCAGCUCCGUCCUGGCCGUACACUAAGCUCUCGGCCACCAUUUUCUUUUCACCUGUCGUUGGCUGUCUCAUGCAGACGGCCAGCGGUGACGUUCGUCACAGUGGCGCCGCCAUCCCAACACAGCUCCCCGCCUGCCGGCAGCCCCACUAGACCCCUCAACGACAAAAUCAACUCGAGGGCUCGUCUACUAGCAGGCCAUCUAAACACCCCUUCCUCUUCCACAGCUCUCCACACAGCUGCCACGAAGACGUCGCCCACCAUGUCUUACACCACCCGCAAGAUUGCCGCAGCCAACACGCUCGAGCACCGCAUCUUCAUCGAGAAGGACGGCCAGCUCGUCUCGCCAUGGCACGACAUCCCCCUCUACGCCAACGAGCAGCAGACGAUCCUCAACAUGGUCGUUGAGGUGCCCCGCUGGACCAAUGCCAAGAUGGAGAUCUCCAAGGAGGAGCCCCUCAACCCUAUCAAGCAGGACAUCAAGAAGGGCAAGCUCCGCUACGUGAGGAACUGCUUCCCCCACAAGGGCUACCUCUGGAACUACGGUGCCUUCCCCCAGACUUGGGAAGACCCCAAUGUCGUCCACCAGGAGACCAAGGCCAAGGGUGACAACGACCCGCUCGACGUGUGCGAGAUUGGUGAGCUUGUCGCCAAGCCCGGUGAGGUUAUCCAGGUCAAGGUCCUCGGUGUCAUGGCUCUGCUCGACGAGGGCGAGACCGACUGGAAGAUCAUGGUCAUCAACGUAAACGACCCAUUGGCCCCCAAGCUCAACGACGUUGAGGAUGUCGAGCGCCACCUACCUGGUCUUCUCCGUGCCACAAAUGAGUGGUUCCGCAUCUACAAGAUCCCAGAUGGCAAGCCUGAGAACCAGUUUGCCUUCUCUGGCGAGUGCAAGAACAAGAAGUACGCCAUGGAUAUUGUCCGCGAGUGUGCUGAGGCUUGGGAGAAGCUCAUCACUGGAAAGACCCCCAAGGACGAGAUCAGCCUCACCAACACUACCGUCUCAAGCUCGCCAGACCGCGCUGACGCCAGCUCGCUCAACAUUCCCGCUGGCGAGAACAAGGCACCUGCUCCCAUCGACCCCAGCAUCGACAAGUGGUUCUACAUCUCCGGUGCCCCAUCCAACUAA